CUCCAACUCAUAAUCGAGUUCGUGUGUGCGCAGUGUGUGUGCAUCCUAGACUUUCAGUUUUCGGUUUGCCACAUAUAAAUACGCCUUGUGGCAGCAGUCACAGAUCAGUCAGAAUUCGGCGCUGCUCCCAAGCGCUAGCCUCAUCCCAGUGAUACCAGAGAUUCGAGAUUCGAGAUCAGUGGUGGUCCGUUGCCCAGCUCCUCCUGUGGAAUAUGUUCAAGCUACUCGGUGUGACGCUGCUGCUGGCAGCUGUGGUCCUUGGGCGACCGGAGCCGCCUGUAAACUCGUAUCUGCCGCCGUCGGAUAGCUACGGAGCCCCGGGUCAGAGUGGUCCGGGUGGCCAGGGCGGUCCAGGCGGCAGGCCUUCCGAUUCCUAUGGAGCACCGGGCGGUGGAAAUGGAAACGGAGGACGUCCCUCGGACAGCUAUGGUCCUCCGGGCUUGGGUCAAGGCCAAGGCCAAGGACAAGGUGGCUUUGGCGGCAAACCGUCGGACACCUAUGGAGCUCCUGGUAGCAACGGCAAUGCUGGUCGUCCUUCGAGCAUUUAUGGCGCACCUGGUGGCGGAAGUGGCGGUAAUGGCGGUCGUCCUUCGGACACUUAUGGCGCUCCUGGAGGUGGAAGUGGCGGUAAUGGCGGACGUCCUUCGGACACUUAUGGUGCUCCUGGAGGUGGAAGUGGCAACGGCGGUCGUCCUUCAAGCAGUUAUGGUGCUCCUGGACAAGGUCAAGGCGGCUACAACAAUGGAAACGGCAAUGGCGGUCGUCCUUCGAGCAGUUACGGUGCCCCUGGUGGCGGAAGUGGCGGUAAUGGCGGACGUCCUUCGGAUACUUAUGGCGCCCCUGGUGGCGGAAGUGGUAAUGGCGGACGUCCCUCGAGCAGCUAUGGCGCUCCUGGCCAGGGUCAAGGUGGUCAGGGUGGAUUUGGUGGACGUCCUUCGGACACGUACGGUGCUCCGGGCCAGAAUGGCAACGGUGGUCGUCCGUCGAGCAGCUAUGGAGCUCCAGGAUCUGGACCCGGCGGUCGUCCCUCCGACUCCUAUGGACCUCCGGCCUCAGGAGCUGGAGCAGGCGGUGCGGGAGGCAGUGGCCCAGGACAAUCAGGCAGCGGCGGCGGCGGCGGCGGCUCCGAUUACGAGAAUGAUGAGCCCGCCAAGUACGAAUUUAAUUACCAGGUUGAGGACGCGCCCAGCGGACUCUCGUUCGGGCAUUCAGAGAUGCGCGACGGUGACUUCACCACCGGCCAGUACAAUGUCCUGUUGCCCGACGGAAGGAAGCAAAUCGUGGAGUACGAAGCCGACCAGCAGGGAUACAGGCCGCUCCGUUAUGAGGGUGACGCCAACGAUGGCACUGGCAGCGGUGCCUCAGGUCCUGGUGGCCAGAACCUGGGUCCUGAUGGUUACUCUAAUGGCAGACCAGGAGGUAACGGAGGCAAUGGCAAUGGUGGUUACUCCGGCGGACGUCCAGGCGGUCAGGACUUGGGAGCAGGAGGUUACUCUAAUGGCCGUCCUGGUGGUCAAGAUUUGGGCCCAGGAGGUUACUCUGGUGGUCGUCCCGGUGGUCAGGACUUGGGCCAAGGAGGCUAUUCCGGCGGCCGGCCCGGCGGUCAGGACUUGGGUCGUGAUGGUUACUCUGGCGGACGUCCUGGUGGCCAGGACUUUGGCCCCGGGGGCUACUCCAACGGCAGACCAGGUGGUAAUGGAGGUAAUGGCAAUGGAAAUGGUGGCUCAGAUGGUCGCGUAAUCAUCGGUGGACGUGUCAUUGGUGGCGGUCAGGAUGGCGGCGAUCAGGGUUACUAUGGACGUCCUGGCGGCCAGGAUCUGGGACGCGACGGCUACUCUAGCGGUCGUCCCGGCGGUCGUCCCAAUGGUCAGGAUAGCCAGGAUGGCCAGGGCUACUCGAGCGGCAAGCCAGGUGGUCAGGGCGGCAGGAACGGAUUCGGACCAGGUGGCCAGAAUGGCGACAACGAUGGCAGCGGCUAUCGGUACUAG